AUGCAAAAUCAACGUUUGCAAAGGACUCUGGAAGGACUAGUGGGCCGCCUGGAAAUGGAUGACCCAACUCGUGAGGGAAUUCUGAAGAUGCUAACGAGUAAAACGAUGGAGUUGCGGGAGGAAUCGCCGAAAGCCGGCAAAAAAUUGCAAAAUAAAGUGAAGGAGCAAAUUCUCGCAAUUAAACAGUUUCAG